CGAGAGCAGGUCCCGCGCGUACAGCGAGGUGAGGCUGGACGCGGAGCCCGGGCGCGUCGCGAGCAACCACGUCGAGCCGCUCGAGGAGAUGUCCCUUGCGCCGGAGAAGGUGGAGGCUCCGCCGCCUCCGCCUCCCGGGACACGCGCGGCGCCCAGGAAUCCUAGGACGGCGAUGGACUCGGUCAGUCUUGAGGACAUCGCGGAGCUGUUUAACAGUAGCCAGUAUGUCCCAGGCGAGACGGAGGAUGGCAAGAGCGCGAGGAGUCGCCGGAAGCUGUUCACGGAUGAGGAAAAGGUUCUUCUGAACAGGAGAUUACCUGAUCUGGAAGGUGCUGCUUCUAGUAAGUGGCUGCCACUUCACACCCUUGCUGCAUCAGGAGACUUCUAUCUAUUGGACAAUCUUCUGAAACAUAAGGUGGAUGUAAAUGCACUUGAUAAGGAUGGUUUGCCAGCAAUUCAUAAAGCAAUUAUUUCGAAGAAGCAUGCUAUCAUCAACUAUCUCUUAAGGAAUUCAGCAAAUCCAUCUGUCUGUGAUAGAGAUGGUGCAACCCUAAUGCAUUAUGCUGUCCAAACAGCAUGCAAUCAGACUAUAAAAACGCUAUUGCUCUACAAUGUUGAUAUCAAUCGUCCAGAUGAUUAUGGCUGGACACCGUUGCAUCUAGCCGUGCAAACACAGAGAACCGAUAUUGUGAGGCUACUCUUACUAAAAGGUGCUAAUAGAACUUUGAAAAAUCAAGUUCCUAGCCCAAUCAUGUUUAUGAUCCAUCUGUCUUCCACUAAAUAGGAAAGUAAAUUUGUUUUAUGAUUACCACAGGAUGGAUUGGCUCCUUUGGACUUGUGCCUCCGAUUGGGUCAUGACGUGAGGACAUAUGAGCUUAUCAAAUUACUCAAAAACUUUCGAAUA